AGUGCAGCUCCGCGGCCCGGCCCUCACUCUCCCCUCGUGCUGAGGAGCGGACGGAGCACACAGAUGCAGCGUGACCCAGCCCAGGGGCACCUCCACGCGCGCGAUACACGCCACAACAGAAACUAGGCAACUCUUCAACCGACACUAAUCCAACUGACACCCGGUUCUCAGACGUUUGACUAGAGCUGGACGUUUAAAAAAAAAAAAAAAAAGGUGGAAUAAUGAGGAACAUCUGACCCCCCCUAAGGACUAAAGGGCAUUCUGAGAUGAGUGGCGUGUUCUGAGACGGGCGUUGCGCUCGGUGUUACUGACCUACCCGUGCUGCGUGUCAGCUGCCCCAGGACUCCACUAAUGAGUCUAAAGAAGAGGAGAGCCAGCGUGGUGUUCAACUGGCACAAGUCCUUCACUAUCCUCGCCCCGUGGAGGAAAGGGAAGGGGGACAUGGUCCUGGACAGUGAGGUGGUCCUAACGAAGAUGAAAAUCUUCAGCAACUUUCAUGAGAAAAAUUCCUGCUCUGAGGACUCUGUCUCAACCAUCUCUAUAUCAGUGUCAGAGCAGGACGCCUCUGAACCCGUCAGAGCUCUGGACAGAGAUGGGGUCCACUCUGCGCCUCAACCAGAGCCGUCGGACCCAAAGCCCGACUACCUGUCCGUGUUCUCCGAGCCCCAGCUCCCAAGGCUGUUCAAGUUCGAAUCCGAGGACUCCGGGGUAGAGCUGCCCAGUGGGGCCAACUCCCCCUCCACUCCCACGGGCUCCGAACACAGCUUCGUCGUCCACAGCCGGGAGUCCUCCUGCGACUCCCGAGAACUGAACUCGUCGGCGCCCUCUCCCAACGCCCUGCUUCUGCUUGAGCGGUGUCCCGAGAGCGAGGAGGCGGAGGACUCGCCCCAUCGGGCGGAGGAGGAGGGCCACGCGAGCGAUUCGGAGGUCGGGUUGAGCUCCGAGAGCGAGCCGUCAGACAUUACCCUCACCCAGGAGGUCAGGGACGAGAACGGGCCCGAGGAGGGGGCCUUGGGGAACGCCGCUGGGGUUCGCGGGAGCGGCGCAGGGCUGGAAGCGGCCGGCCUGGAGGCCGCGGCAGAGGACAGCAGGCAGCCAAUGAGCUGCGAGUCCAGAGGGGCGUUCGAUGACAUGACGGAGGUAGACUUGCAGCAGCAGCCGCUGAGGAAAAGCACCACCAGUGACAGUCUGGAUGAGUACAUGGACGAGUGUUGCAGGCUAAGCGAGGUACAUCAGGCGAAGUCGAACCCCCUGGGGUCUGGCCUGGGCUACCUGGAGCACAUCUGCCAGCUGAUCGAGAAGAUCGGGCAGCUCCAGGAGCAUAACCUCCGGCUCCAGAAACAGAUCUGCUGCCUGCAGAAAGAGGGCAGGACCCGGAGGACAAAGGAGGACUUCUUCCUCCAGCACUGCUGCUGUGGAGCGGCUAGCCUGGCCUUUCAGGAGCUGAAGAGACACUCCAGGAGCGAGUUCUACAACCUGAGCGCAUCCAACGCCACGCUGUCCGACCUGUCCACCAUCCCAGAGAUCACCCGGCAACCCCUCGGGACGGGUACGCAAGAGGGGGAGAACGGAUGCCACCCCGCCGUGUCGCUGUCGAGGAAAGGCUUGAAUCGCAGGAGUUAUGCCGAGGGCGAGGCCCGGUACCUCUGCGACAGCACGGAGGCGCUCUCCGUCCCACACAGGAGGCUGAGUGAGAACUACACGUGGGGCAGGGUGAAGGAGUUGGUGAAAAAGACGAAGCUGAAGAACCAAAGCAGGCUUGGCCUGACGUCCAACUCCCUCAAGAGGUCCUGUCCCCAGCUCUACCGACCUGACCUGGGACCGGUGGACCUCCCCAAGAGAGACAGGAACUCCAUGAUAGCGCUGGGUCACCAAAACAAAGCUGACUUCAGUUGGCCUCAGUAGCACCAAAAACAGAGCGGACAGGCCACCGGGGAGUGGGGCGGCUCAGAAGACACGGACCAAGUCAAGUCGUACCGAGGAGGGAAAGCAAAGAAAGGACAGAACGUGGGAGUGAUGGAAAAUGUGUAAAGUCACACGUUUUAGAGAAUGAAAAAUAUGUAAAGUGUACAAAGAAGAGUUAACGCAAAGCCAAGCGUGAAGAGGGAAGGGGGCUUUCAAAAACAAAGACCUGUUCAUGAAAGGUUUUAUUGUUUUAUAUAAACAGGGAAAUGUAGAAGGUAUAAAUACAUGUAUUCCACUUUUUAAAAUGAUGUUUUGUUUAUAAAACUUACGCCAGUAUUUCUGGACAUCCAGGAUUGCUCCACAACAGCAUCCAGUCCUCAAUAUUGAGUACAUGUUUUUGUUUUUUUAUUAAAACUGCUGUGUUGUGUUACACAAGUCUAAAAUAAGCCAUAGAGCACAAGGUCUCUUUUAUGUCUGAGCCAUUUAUUUUUAUAGUCAUACUUUUAAUCAUGUGUGUAGAUUGUGUGAAUGUGUUCAGACAUAAUCUGAACAAACUUCUUUUCAUAACACUCAUGUCCAGUCUAUCAUAUGCAUGCACUUUCCCUCUCAGUUGUCAUUUCCAGAAGACCAUCUGCCGUCCAUAAAGCAGAACAAUAAGAGAUCCACUAAAUCCUGCCACAUUUGUUAAUAAUUGUUGAUAAUUUACAGAUCUGAUUCUAUAUUGACCUUUAAGGAGCUUCCAUACCACUAGUUGGGUCAUGCACUUUAUUCUGUGUAUUUUUUUCAUUUUUUAUGCAUCUGGCAGCAUAUUUCUGCAAUCUGAUGUUUUGAUCUUAAGAUCAAUGAACUUUCCUUCCCGAAUUCUACGAGGGCUCAGAUACGCAUUAAUGUUUUGGACCGACUGCAAAGAAAAACAGACUGCUUGUACAGUGCUAACGUGUAUCUUCAGAACAAAUGUAAAAUCACACCAAUGUAUGAUACCAUAAUAAGUGUGUCCUUUACAAAUGUAUCAUUUUAUAAAUGCAUAUUUGGAGAAUGAUAAA